CCGCCGCGGGCUCGCGGACAGUCGGCGCGCGGGCCGGCCCGGGCCGGCGCCCGUCUCGCUCGCUCCCUUGCGUCGCCCCGCGCCCCGGGGGAUGCCCCCGGCCGGGCCCCCCCCAUGGCCGCCGACGUCUUCAUGUGCUCCCAGAGCCGGCCCCGCAGUCGGGGCCGCGCCGUGCUGCUGAAGCCCCAGGUGCCCGAGGACGACGACGACUCUGACACGGAUGAACCGUCCCCGCCGCCCGCCUCCGGCGCAGCCACCCCGGCCAGGGGCCAGGCGAGCGCCGCGCUACCGCCGCCCAAGGCCGGGUCGGGCCGCGAGGAGCCUCCGCGCCGCCAGCAGAUCAUCCACAGCGGCCACUUCAUGGUGUCGUCGCCGCACCGGGAGCACCCGCCCAAGAAGGGCUACGAUUUCGACACGGUCAACAAGCAGACGUGCCAGACCUACAGCUUCGGCAAGACCAGCUCCUGCCACUUGUCCAUCGACGCCUCUCUCACCAAGCUCUUCGAGUGCAUGACCCUGGCCUACAGUGGGAAGUUGGUGUCUCCGAAGUGGAAGAAUUUCAAGGGCCUGAAGCUCCAAUGGAGAGACAAGAUCCGGCUCAACAACGCCAUCUGGCGGGCCUGGUACAUGCAGUAUUUGGAGAAGCGCAAGAACCCCGUGUGCCACUUUGUCACUCCACUGGACGGCUCUGUGGAAGUGGACGAGCACCGCCGGCCCGAGGCCAUCACCACAGAAGGAAAGUACUGGAAAAGCCGCAUAGAGAUCGUGAUCCGGGAGUAUCACAAGUGGAGAACCUACUUCAAGAAAAGGCUCCAGCAGCACAAGGAUGAGGACCUCUCCAGCCUGGCCCAGGACGAUGACAUGCUUUACUGGCACAAGCACCGGGAUGGCUGGAAGACGCCAGUCCCCAUGGAGGAGGACACGCUGCUGGACACGGACAUGCUCAUGUCGGAGUUCAGCGACACUCUCUUCUCCACACUCUCCUCCCACCCGCCCGUGGCCUGGCCCAACCCCCGUGAAAUAGCGCACCUGGGAAACGCAGACAUGAUUCAACCUGGGCUGAUUCCUUUGCAGCCCAACCUGGACUUCAUGGACACCUUUGAGCCCUUCCAGGACCUUUUCUCUUCCAGCCGCUCCAUUUUUGGCUCCAUGCUGCCUGCACCCGCCUCAACACCUGCACCAGAUCCCAACAGCCCACCUGCUCAGGAGAGCAUCCUGCCAACCACCGCUCUCCCUACCGAUCUCCCCACCGCAAGCCUCCCCGACAGCUUCAUCGCACCCCCCGCAGCCGCUGCCCUGGACCCCACGAGUGGGCAGGGCUGUGAACACCCGCCCCAGCCUGGGGACCCCUUCAUGCAGCCGGCAGAUCUGGGUCCCUCAGCACCGCCCCUGAGCGGCCCCCAGCCGUUCCUGCCCGUGUUCACCAUGCCUUUGCUCUCGCCCAGCCCCGCCCCGCCGCCUCCUUCCCCCGUCUUGCCAUUAGGCCCCCCUCCCGCCACUGCCCUGAACCCCCCAACUCCCCCCGCCUUCCUGCAGCCCCAGAAGUUUGCCGAAGUUGGCAAGUCGCCCUCCGUCAUCACCCACACGGCCUCCGCCACUCUCACCCACGACGCCUCUGCCACCACCUUCAGCCAGAGCCAGGGCCUUAUUAUCACCACGCGCUAUCCUCCCCCCUCCGGGUCCCCCUAUGGCCUGGCGCUGUCUCCCGUCACCCGGCCGCCGACUGUCGGGCCUCCCCAACCCCGUUUGACUUUUUUGCAUCCCAAGCCCGUCUCCUUGCCUGGGGGGAGGCACAAGCAGCCCCCCAAAAUAGUGCCUGCUCCCAAACCAGAGCCGGUGUCCGUGGUGUUGAAGAACGCUUGCCUCACCCCAGCUGCCUUCCCAGGCCAGCCGCAGGCAGUGAUCAUGACGUCAGGCCCUCUGAAGAGAGAAGGGAUGCUGGCUUCCACCGUGUCCCAGUCCAACGUGGUCCUCACGCCUGCUGCCCUCACCAGGGCUCCUGGAGUCACAGAGUUCCCCAGCAGCAUCCUGGUGACAGACCUCGGCCCUGGCCUGGGUAGCCAGCACACCCCCGUGUCCCGGCUCUUCCCUCCCAGCACAGUGCCCGACUCCCUGGUGAAGGGCGAGCAGGGCCCGCUGCACGGGGGCAUUGCCCAGGUCCCUGCCGCGGGCUCCAGUGACUCAGCUCUCCGCUUGGACCGCUUGGGACCGCGUCGGGACUGCCCGAACUCAGGGCAGGCCUCCCCGUGUGCGUCCGAGCAGAGCCCUAGUCCUCAGUCCCCCCAGAACAACUGCUCAGGGAAAUCGCCUGCAGACCCCAAAAACGUGGCUGUUUUAAAGCAGAACCGGCAGAUGAAGCACAUCUCAGCCGAGCAGAAGAGGCGCUUCAACAUCAAGAUGGGCUUCGACACCCUGAACAGCUUAAUCUCCAACAACACCAAGCUGACCAGCCACGCCAUCACGCUGCAGAAGACCGUGGAGUACAUCACCAAGCUGCAGCAGGAGCGCAGUCAGAUGCAGGAGGAGGCCCGGCGGCUGCGAGAGGAGAUCGAGGAGCUCAACGCCACCAUCCUCUCCUGCCAGCAGCUGCUCCCUGCCACGGGCGUCCCUGUCACCCGGCGCCAGUUUGAUCACAUGCGAGACAUGUUUGACGAAUAUGUGAAAAGCCGGACCCUGCAGAAUUGGAAGUUCUGGAUUUUCAGCGUCAUCAUCAAGCCACUCUUCGAGUCCUUCAAGGGCGUGGUGUCCACCAGCAGCCUGGACGAGCUGCACCGGACGGCGCUGUCCUGGCUGGACGAGCACUGCUCCCUGCCCAUCCUCAGACCAAAGCUGGCUCCCCCAGGCCGCAUCUGCAGGCUCCCCCUUCUAUGUUGCAGCCGUGCUGAACACCCUCCGGCACCUGAGCACCACCACGUCCAUCCUGACAGACCCGUCCCAGCUGCCCGAGCAGGCAGCAGAGGCCGUCACCAGAAUCAGCCAGAGAGCCGGGGAGUCCUAGCAGUGCUUAGCAGACACGUGGCUGUGUGGGAUGCCGAGGAGACCCUUUCCCGCCCGUGGAAAGCAGGCUGCGCCCCUCACCUCUCCCGCUUCAGGGCCUCCUAGCCUCCCUGCGACUGUGGCCCUGGCCGCUCCAAAUGCCGCGCUCAGGUCUGAAGCAGGUUUGGGUCCUGCCAACAGCAAUAGCCCAGCUCUGGGGACCCCUUGCUGUGAACUCUGACUCAGCGACCUCAGUCACUGACCUCCCCUCGCCUCAGAGAAGCCCAGAUGAAGGGAAACGAGGGGACGCUGCCCCUCUCUGUCCUGUCCUGCUGGUGGGGUGUCGGGGGGAUGGGGGGGGUGUGGCAUCCGUGCAGGGAGCCAGCGGGCAGGAGGAGACCUCACCCACUCCCCCAAGUUAGGACGCGUGAGGGUCCUUCCCAGCUGCUGUCUGGGACACACCCUCCUGUCGCGUCUCUGGCACCCCUGGGCUGUUGGAAGGUCUCCUCCUUCCUCCCCCAACUCUGACCUAAUAGAGCAGAUGUCGGCUCGGGCUUCGCAGGGCCAGGAAACCCUCCAGCACAUGUGUGCAAAGCAGUGGGUAUGUGUGCCCCAGAGGGUAACGGACGUGCCAGUGAUGCGGAGCUGCUUCAGUCCUGGAAGUCCCCGGGUGGUGCUGUGGUCUGUUUCACAAGUGGAUUUGGUUCCACUUGGCAUCACGGCAGCCACGAUGGCACCAACCCAGGAAUCGCAUGGCUGGGGCUCAGCCAGGCCCUGCCGCCUCACGCCCCACCUGCUUCCCAGCCAGGAACAGCUGUGCUUGAAGGACAGCGCUAGCCCUGUGGGCGCGGCGUGUGAAGCACCGGGCUCCGCAGUGCUGCCAUCGACCGGGCCCCCUCAGCUGGAUUGUCCAGCCGGGAGCCCCAGCCCGUCCAUCCCAGUUCCUGGGCCAAAGACGCCAGCACCCCCGGCAUCUGCCCUGUCUUGUGUUUGGAGGCAGAAAUUGACCGGUCGACACAGAGCUCCGAGGUGGCUGCCUCAGAGCUGUCUCCAGGCGGCUCCGGGUCAGUCAGGAGUUGAACUCCGCUUUGGUCCAGGCAGAGGACUGUGGGGGGCCUGUGGGGCCAGCAGGCCGUUUCCGAAGGUGGAAGUUACACCUGGAAGGGUUCGGAGGAGGGGGCCCGUGCCAGUCCUCCUCUCGCCGCGUCUGCGGGAGCAGUUCCAGGCAGAAGGAUGCUCUCUAACACUCAGGAAGCCCAGCCAGGGCUACCUCCGCAUUGAAAGAAUGUUGCUUUUCACGUCCUGCUGUGAAGUUCAGAGGCCGGCAGGCUUCCCCGUCAAACUCUGUCCUCCCUGCCGGAGAUGGAGACCUGCCUGAGCAAGGAAGGGCCAGGCCAGGAGUCCUGCUGGGCUGGGCAGAGCUGUGGUGGGGGCUGCUGCGGGCCGCCCGCUGAAGCUUGGAUCCUUUCGGAGGCUCCCACUGGCUCCUGGAGGCCUGUGGAAGGUGCCCCGGGGGCAGCCCCACCUCAGCCUCCGCUGGUGGAGGACGGAGGAGGGUCCUCCCCGCGUGGCCGGCCAUGCCACUGCCUCCGCUCCCUCAUCUGCACGCCGGCCCCAUCAGGAGCGCCCCGGCGGCCCCCUCUGCCUCCCCAGAACACGUGUUUACAGGCCUUCGGAUGGCUCUCCUGAGGGGCAGGCACAAGACAGGCUGGGCCAGCCUUGCGUGUCCCCUGGGAGGCGGGAUGAGAGCCCAGCCUCCCCCCCCGAGUGGACACGAGGUCUCCCUCCAAGGGGGAAGAGCACUGCGAGGCUCGAAAGGAAAACAAAGGAAAAUCAGAGACGUUCCCGGCCACGAGGGGCUGCAGAGGGUCCUGCGCUCAGCCGCAUCCCUGUUCCUGUGCCUUUGUCAACCGCGUGGGCGGCCGUGGAGCUCGGCCCAGCCACGACCUCUCUGAGAUCAGUAGCUUUCUCCCCACCCCAUGUUGGGAGUCUUUUUAUUUUUUAUUUUUUUUAGCUCCAUGGGAUAUAAAAUUGGCCUCUUGCUUCUUUGGCCUACCUCUCCUGCCCUUUGGCUGA